AACGAAAAAUCUUUGAAUUUGAACUUUUUUUAUCUCAGAAACGUGAAUUUUGGACUCAAAAGUGCAGAUUUUUUGUCAAUUUUUCAAAUAAUUUCUAUUUACGAUAUUAUUUUAAUGUUAUAGUGCUUUCGAACAAUGUUCACCUGACUAGAGCUCGUUCAAGCUAUAAUGUAAAACUUGAUCUCUAAAUUCCAUGAUGAAAUUAUGCUGUAAAUUGAACGGAUCCUUUCAUUAAUUUGUUAUAUAACCGCCGACAAAGUCAAGUCUAAAUCAUGGAAGUACUAUUACGAGAUGCCAAAUUAUGGCGAAAUGGUCGCAGAUUGCUGCACAUGAAAAAAACCAAAGAUUACCUUUGGAUUUUACUACCGGAAGAAUACGCGCCGGUCACAUCAUCGUAUUUAUUUUCCAAUUGCAAAUAUAGCACGUUUUCAAAUAGAGAUAGCCAAUCACCUUUUUUGAGGUACGACACCGUUCAUAAAUUCCGGCCGUAUCAAGAUGCUCAAAGAAGAGGAUUCGGGAUGUUUGUAGUAAAAGUUCUACGAGGUGUUUUAAAAGUUCGAUAUCUAGUAUUAGGUGGAGCUAUUGGCGGUGGCUUAAGUCUGCAAAACACUUACCGAGAAUGGAAAAGUGCCUUACCUGAUUUAUCGUGGAUGGAUAAAUACAUGCCUCAGAAUGAAGACUGGGAAACUAUGCGUGUAUCAUUUCUGUCGAUCAGAGAUAAAAUAAAAGAAUUAGAAUUAGAUCCACAGCUUCGAGACACAGCCGAAAGUAAAUUUCUUUCUGUAAAGAAUUGGUUGGAUAUGAAAUUAGAGGAAGCUUACAUGGCUGCUGAGCAGGCUGAUGAUGCAAAUGACGAUAAACCCGACAAUCGUAAGUUUGUUAAAGAAGCGAGCCAAAUGGUGAAUAAUGCGGUUACAGUUAACGCCCUUUCCUUUAGAAAAGAAGAAAAAGAACAACAAGACGAAUAUAAAUCUCAAAUAACCGAAAAAGAUAUAUGGGACUUGGAAAUGAAAUACCAAAAAGAACUAGAACGUUUGGAACGCGAAAAUCAGGAAUUACGUAAACAAAUAUUGAUUCGAAACUCAUCUAGUCAACCCGUGAAAAGAGUUCAGACUUCUCUCAUUGAUAUGUAUUCCGAUGUAUUAGACGAGCUCAAUGAUUACGAUAUGACCUACAAAGCUCAAGAUCAUUUACCCAGAGUGGUUGUAAUAGGAGAUCAAAGCUCUGGUAAAACUUCGGUGCUUGAAAUGAUCGCUCAAGCUCGUAUCUUUCCGAGAGGAGCUGGUGAAAUGAUGACUAGAGCGCCGGUUAAAGUUACCUUGAGUGAAGGUCCUUACCAUAUUGCUCAAUUUAAAGACAGUACCAGAGAGUUUGAUCUUACCAAAGAAUCUGAUUUAGCUGAUCUUCGAAAAGAGGUUGAAUUUAGAAUGUGUAAUCUCACUAAAGGUAAUCAAACUGUCAGUAAUGAUGUUAUAUCGAUGACUGUGAAAGGCCCCGGAUUGCAAAGAAUGGUUCUUGUCGACUUGCCCGGAAUUAUAAGCACGAAUACGCUUGGAAUGGCAUCGGAGACCAAAGAAAACAUUUAUCAAAUUGCAAGGCACUACAUGUCCAAUCCAAACGCUAUCAUCUUAUGUAUUCAAGACGGUUCUGUUGAUGCUGAACGUAGUAAUGUUACCGAUCUCGUUUCUCAAAUGGAUCCGGUUGGUAAACGUACUAUUUUCGUAUUGACCAAAGUCGACUUAGCGGAAGAAAAUUUUGCCAAUCCGGAUAGAAUACGAAAAAUUUUAGCCGGUGAACUAUUUCCGAUGAAAGCUUUAGGGUAUUUUGCUGUCGUUACUGGGCGUGGAUCGCAAAACGAGUCUAUCAAAAAAAUUAAAGAAUACGAAGAAAGGUUUUUCAGAAAUUCUAAAAUAUUCAGCGGGAAGAAUAUCAAAAUGACUCAGAUUACGACUAGAAAUUUAGGUUUAGCAGUUUCGGAGUGUUUUUGGAAAAUGGUCAGAGAAACAGUAGAACAACAAGCAGAUGCAUUUAAAGCUCAACGUUUCAAUUUGGAAACAGAGUGGAAAAAUAACUAUCGAAGACAACGUAUAUUAGAUCGAAGCGAAUUAUUCGAUAAAGGUCGAAGCGAAAUUCUAGAUCAAGUUGUUAAUCUUUGUGAAAUAAACGUCAAACACUGGGAAGAUAUGCUCGCAGCUAAUUUAUGGAAUAAAGUGAAAGAUAUAGUUUUCGAAAAUAUUUAUUUAUCCGCUGCUCAUGCGCCGGAAAAUGGUAAAUAUACAAAAAAAAAUGAAAUUUUUCACAUCAUGCAGGGAUUAAUAAUGAAUUUUACAGGUGAAUUCAAUACCCAAAUUGAUAUACAUUUGUCCCAAUGGGCCGAACAAGAGUUACCUCAGUUGUCAGUCGAAGCUGGAUGGGAAACGUUGCAAGAAGAAUUUAAAAAACUAAUUUAUUAUAAAUCCGAAAAUCACGAUGAAAUGUUCGAUAAUUUGAAAACAGCUGUGGCCGAAGAAGUUCUAGCGAAACAUCAGUGGGAGAGUAAAGCUACCGAUGUUUUACGUGUAUUACAAAUUAACGCAUUAGCCGAUCGUAUAAUUACUGAUAAAGGACAAUGGGAUACAGCUGUCAAGUUCUUAGAGAGUAGUUUUAGGAAAAAACUCGAAGAAACUGAACGAGCUAUGAAAGAUAUGUUUGGACCUUCGACCUUAGAAAAAUGGUAUAAAUGGAAGUACUCGAACGAAGAUCAAAAUAAAAGAAACGCUGUUAAAAGUGAAUUGGAAAAAAUUCUCUUCAAUUAUCCGGAGCAUUUAGCUUCGUUGUCAGAAGAAGAAUAUACCACUAUUAGAAACACGUUGAAACGUUCAAAUAUUAUUUGUGAUAAUGAUUAUAUUUCUAGUACUUGGUUUUUAAUUUAUAGAAAAUUCUUUUUAAACAAUGUUUUACAAAAAGUACCGUAUUAUAUGAAAGGAUUUUAUUUAUAUAAACAAGGAAUAGAUGUUCAGGAAUAUAACGAAGUAGUUUUGUACUGGAGAAUACAACAAACGUGUAAAGUAACGGUGAAUUCAUUAAGGCAGCAGAUUAUUAAUAGAGAAGCUUUACGAAUGGAUGAAGAAAUUCAAGAAGUACUCGAAGGAUUUAGCAGAGAUAGAGAGAAAAUGGAAAAAUUGAUUACCGGACGAAGGGUAGAAAUUGCCGAAGAAUUAAAAAAAGUAAAGCAAAUCCAAGAGAAAUUAGAAGGAUUUAUUAAAGCAUUAAAUAAAGAAAAAACCGAAACCCGACGACUGCAUUAAGAUAUCACGUAUUAAUUUAUCGCUUGUUCCAGAUUUUUUAAUUUAUAAUAUUUUAUUGAAAUUGAAAUUUUGUACAGUAACUAGUCUGCUUAGGAGCUAGUAUUGAAGUUUUAAAUACAUUUUUGUUGAUUAA